AUGGAAGCAGUGAGGAGAUUGGGGUCAGAAAAGCCAGUGGUGAUCUUCAGCAAGAGCAAUUGCUGCAUUUCACAUGCUAUUAGGAUGUUGUUAUGCAGCUUUGGCGCGAACCCUACUGUUUAUGAGCUUGAUCAACAUCCUAAAGGAAGGGAAAUUGAGAAUGCAUUGCUAGCAUUAGGAUGCCAUCCAAGUGUUCCUGCUGUUUUCAUAGGGAAACUAUUUGUUGGUGGUUCCAAUGAGGUUAUGAGCCUCAAUAUUCAAGGCAAGCUGAAGCCAUUGCUUAUCGAGGCAAAGGCUAUAUGGAUGUAA